UUUUCAUUUCAGACAAUUCUGUUCUCAUUACCUGGAAAAUUGGCACAGAUUAUCCCUAAAGUUUCCCCUCUCACGGAGUGGAACUUCAAACUAGUUUCGUGGAAUGUAAACGGCCUACGAGCCUGGAUAAAAGCUGGUGGGCCAAAUUAUGUAGUAGAAGAAUCACCUGACAUCUUUGCUGUUCAAGAAAUCAAAUGCGCAGCGCUGAAGGUGCCGACUGAAUCCAAGUUACCAGGAUAUACGUCUUAUUGGUUUCCAGCGGAUAAGGAGGGUUAUGCUGGCACUGGUUUGUAUUGCAAACAAAAACCGACUACGUUGAAGCUGGGUAUGGGAAUGAUCAAACACGAUACAGAAGGUCGAAUAAUUACAGCGGAAUAUGACAAAUUUUACUUUGUAACGGCAUAUGUGCCCAAUUCUGGCCAGGGUCUUGUUCGCCUUCCUUAUCGAGAAAAGGAAUGGGAUCCGGAUUUCGUGAAAUAUUUGAAGCAACUGGACGCUAAAAAGCCGCUUAUUGUUUGUGGCGAUUUAAACGUUGCCCACGAAGAAAUUGAUUUGGCUAAUCCAAGUACCAACCACAAAUCGGCCGGCUUUACCGAUCAGGAGCGCGCUGGGUUCGGAACGCUUUUGAACCAGUUGAACCUGGUUGAUACAUAUCGCGCUUUUUAUCCCGAUCGGACAAAAGCUUUCACAUUUUGGAACUACCGACAAAACUCGCGUCCUAAAAAUACAGGAUGUAUCAUCUACAACACAAAAAACAGGGUUAUGAAAUCCAGUGAGGCACUAGGCAUUCAGAAUUACCAUUCUCAACUUUUUAAACAGCGGAAAUGGCUUAGUUCUCUGGCGCUUUGA